UCAUACCACUGCACUCCAGCCUGGGCUAUAGAGCAAGACUCUGUCUCUAUUUGGGGAAAAAAAGCAACAACAAAGUAAGGGAUACAGAAGAAAACACUAUGGUAAAUGAUGACAAUUGUUGCAGCCAAGUGACGAGUACAUGGAGUUGGUGGUACUUGCUACAGCCCAGAGACAAUGGCAACAAGUCAUCUAAAACUGAUGACCUGGGGUCUCUCCGAUUAAAUAUAUGUUAUACAGAAGACUACGUGCUUCCAUCAGAGUACUAUGGUCCUUUGAAAACUUUGCUGCUAAAAUCACCAGAUGUUCAGCCAAUAUCUGCCUCAGCUGCUUACAUUUUGGGUGAAAUAUGUCGAGAUAAAAAUGAUGCUGUUUUGCCUCUUGUACGAUUGCUGCUGCACCAUGAUAAACUUGUUCCUUUUGCCACUGCUGUGGCAGAAUUAGACUUGAAGGAUACACAGUAAGAGUUAUAUCUUAUUAAGUAUUAAUUUCAUGUUACCUUAGUUUGACAGAUUGUUUUUAUAGUCUGAGUUCUUCUGUAUUGACUGUCCUUACAUAUAGUAGGCUGAAACAAAAGGCAAGUAACAAAAGGCAGUUCUUUAAGUUAUCAAAAUGUAUUCACCAACCAUAAGGAUAACAAUUAACAAAGGAUUUUUUUACACAGUAAUGAAAUUUCUUUUGUUACAAAUCUGCUUCUUAGUGUAAUGAUUCAUGUAUCAUAAAACACCAUAGCAGAAGUUUUUUGUUUUUUUUAACAGAGACUCACUCUGUUGC